CGGCCGGGGCCGGGGCGGUUGCUCGCCCCGCGCCCGCGUCUCCUCCUCCCCCGUCCCACGCUGCCCACGGGUGGGUUGGGGGGUGCGGGGCGUGUGGGGUGUUUCGCGGGGAGGGGCGGCGGCGAGAGCGGAGCGGAGGGGCGGGGGAGGGGGCUCGUUCUGGGCCCUUCGGAAAUGGGAGGUGGCUAAGGCGGGCAGCGGUGGGAGCGAUGGGAGGGCGGCGGGGCGCAGGCGGAGGCGCCUGAGCGCGGCGGGAGAGGGGGCGACACAGCCGCGGGGCGGGGGGGCCCCGCUCCCCGCCGCACCCCCCCUCCCGGAGCCGCUGUCUCUGCCACCGACCGGUUAUUCCGGAGCCGCGAGAGGAAACGAGGGAGCGCGGAAAAGGAGGAGGGAGGAAAAGGGGAAAAAAAAAAAAAAAGAAAAGAAGGGGGGGCAGCGUUUAAAUCCCUGCCCCCCGCUCCUCGCCGCCUCCAUUCCUCCCUUCAUUCGACCUCCCCUCAGGAGCCGCCGGAUUCAGCAGGAUCUCAUUGCCUGGCUGGUGUAAUCCCCCCUUCCAGAAGAGCUGCCCAUCUCCAUCUCCUCGGAAACAGCCGAAGGGGGUUGUGGAGUCAUAAAAAUUUAUGUUUUCAUCAAACCGAGCCAAGGAGAAUGGGGGUCCCACACCCAAAAGAAUGAAGACACGACAGAACAAGGACUCAAUGUCAAUGCGGAGUGGACGGAAGAAAGAGACUCCGGGGCCCCGAGAGGAGCUCAGGUCACGGGGUCGAGCUUCCCCUGGUGGUGUCAGCACCUCCAGCAGUGAUGGCAAGGCUGAGAAAUCCCGACAAGCAACAAAGAAAGGCCGGUUGGAGGAAUCCUGCACCCCCAAGAGCAGCAAGCAGGGCCGAACAGAAGAGAUCUCAGAGAGUGAAGGGGAGGACACCAACGCUCCCAAAAAAACCAAAACUGAGGAAUUGCCCUGUCCUCCAUCCCCAUCCGAUGUUGACAGCCUUGACGGCCACAGCUUCAAUGAUGAGAUGAGCAGCGACCCACGGGACAUUGACCAGGAUAACAGGAGCACCUCGCCCAGUGUCUACAGCCCUGGGAGCGUGGAGAACGACUCCGACUCCUCUUCUGUGCUGUCCCAGGGGCCGUCUCACUCCUACCACCACCCCCCGCUCUUCCCCGAGAGCCCGCCAGGAGCUCCCGCUCCCGACAGCCUGGCCCGCCCCCCAGAGCCCAGCUUUGGGCUCCCGGGCGAGGUGCACCCCCAGGGACCCCCCGCAGGAAGUUACCAUUCCCAGCUGGAGGGCCAGGCCUCACGCAUUUUCCAGGCUCAAGCUCCACAAACUCCUGCCUCCUCCUCCUCGUCUUCCUCCUCCUCUGCUGUUGCUGUCCCUUCUGCUCCGCCUUCCUCCUCCUCAUCCUCUUCCUCUUCCUCCUCCUCUUCCUCCCACACUUCCCUUUAUCCUGCUGCCAAUGUGGUCCAGGUUGGGGCCAAAAUUGCCAGUGGAGUGGGGGGGCUCCCAGCACCAGGGGCUCGCGAGCAGACCCUCAGCGCCAAGCACAAUCCACCCCCUACCACCCCAAUCUCACUGGCGUCGGUGGGAGGAGGGCUCCCCCCUCAAAAGACGCCCCCAGCCAACCCCCCGGCCGCUCCCCCGGCCUCGGCCCCUUCCUUCCCCCACGUCUCCUCCAACCUGCCUCCCCCGCCGGCCCUGCGCCCCCUCAACAACGCGGUGGCCGCCUCCAGCUCCCCAGGGAUGGUGGGGCAGGCCCUGAGCGGCCACCUGCCCUCGCCCCACAGCAUGGGGCAGGACAAGGCACCGGCCCUGGCCCCCUCCCGCUACCCCUACGCGCCGCCGCCGCUGCCGCCCGCCAGCUCCUCUGCCCAGUACCCGCAGCCCUCGGCGGGCCAGCCCCUGCCCAGCUACAGCGCCUCCUACGGGCACUCCUUCCCGCCGCCCAGCGGCCUCUCCGUCUCCAGCCAGCCCCCCAAGUACACCCAGCCCUCCCUGCCCUCGCAGCCCGUCUGGAGCCAGGGGCCGCCCCCUUACAGCCGCCCCCUGGGCAAUGCCGGCUCCCACCCCGCCGCCCCUUUCCCAGGCCAGUCCCCCCAUCACCAGCAGCCUCCCCAGCAGCACCACCACGGUCACGGGAGCAGCGGGGGCGUCUCCCCAGCAGCCACAGCGCCUCCCCAGCCCCCCGGGGGCUACCCCCACGGCCUGGAGUCCAGCAGCCAUCACCCUUCCCAUCCCACCUACGGGCUGCGCCUCUACCCUCCCCACAACCAGGCCACCUACAGCCAGGCUCCCUCCGCCACCGCGGCCGCUGCCCCCUCUUCCUCCUCCUCGUCCUCAUCCUCUUCCUCGUCCUCCUCUGCUGCCUCUUCCCAGGGAAGCUACCCCAGCAUGUGCACGCACCCACCGGGGCAGAGUCCUGCCACCUACACCUUCCCCCCGCCGCCACCCCCGUCCCCUGCUCAUGGGGCUGGCCCUCCAGUCACCUCUGCUGCCACCACCCUCUCCACUGUCAUCGCCACCAUGGCCUCCCCCUCUGCAGCCCCCUACAAGACGGUCUCGCCCCCAGUACCCCCCUCAGCUGUGGCCCCCUAUGGGAAGCGGGCGGCCUCCCCUGUGCCCACCUUCCAGCCCCCGGCCCCCUACAAGCCGGGCUCGCCCCCCACUUCCUCGGCCGCCGCUUUCCGUGCAGCCACCCCUCCUGGCUACCGGGUGGCCUCUUCCCCUGUGGCAGGGGGCUACAAAGCCCCCUCACCCGCCCCCUCUGCCCCACCACCCUUGCCAGGGAGCAUGGCUGCCCCGGCCCCGCCGCCACCCCCGCUCCCCCUCAGCGCUGCUCAGAUCAAGCAGGAGCCGUCGGAGGAGUACGAGCCCCCGGAGAGCCCCGUGCCCCCUGCUCGCAGCCCCUCACCGCCCCCCAAGGUGGUGGAUGUGCCGAGCCAUGCCAGCCAGUCAGCCAGAUUCAACAAACACCUGGACCGUGGCUUCAACUCCUGCUCCCGCACAGACCUGUACUUUGUGCCCCUUGACGGCUCCAAGCUGGCCAAGAAAAGAGCAGAUUUGGUGGAGAAAGUGCGUCGAGAGGCUGAGCAGAAGGCCCGUGAAGAAAAGGAGCGUGAACGGGAACGGGAGCGGGAGAAGGAGCGGGAGCGGGAGAAGGAGCGGGAGCUGGAGAGGAGUGUGAAGAUGGCCCAGGAGGGCCGUCCGGUCGAGUGCUCGUCCCUGGGGCCGGUUCCCCACCGCCCCUCCUUCGAGCAGGGCAGUGCUGUAGCGACUGUUCCCCCAUAUCUGGGCCCCGACACCCCAGCUCUGCGCACCCUUAGCGAGUAUGCCCGGCCCCACGUCAUGUCCCCCAGCAACCGCAACCACCCUUUCUACGUGCCCCUGGGCGCCGUGGACCCAGGCCUGCUGGGCUACAACGUGCCAGCCAUCUACAGCAGCGAUCCGGCCACACGGGAGCGGGAGCUGCGCGAGAGGGAGGCCCGCGAACGAGACCUCAGGGACCGGGACCUGCGCGAACGCCUCAAGCCUGGCUUUGAAGUCAAACCGGCCGAGUUGGAGCAGCUCCACGCCGUGCCCGCCGCUGCCAUGGAUCCAUUCCCACGCCACGGCGGGCUGAGUCUGCAGACGGCCCCCGGCCUUCAUCCCGCUUUUCCCUUCCACCCAGGGCUGGGCCACUUGGAGCGGGAGAGGCUGGCGCUGGCAGCCGGCCCCACCCUUCGUCCCGACAUGUCCUACGCCGAGCGCUUGGCGGCCGAACGCCAGCACGCCGAGCGGGUGGCCGCUCUCAGCAAUGACCCUCUGGCCCGGCUGCAGAUGCUCAAUGUGACACCUCAUCAUCAUCAGCAUUCCCACAUCCACUCCCACCUCCAUCUCCACCAGCAGGAUGCCAUACACGCAGCCUCAGCCUCUGUUCACCCUCUAAUCGACCCCCUUGCCUCGGGAUCGCACCUCACCCGGAUACCAUACCCGGCUGGAACCAUCCCCAACCCUCUUCUGCCUCACCCUCUACAUGAGAAUGAAGUGCUGCGCCACCAGCUCUUUGCCGCGCCCUACAGGGACCUGCCGGGCUCGCUGUCGGCGCCCAUGUCGGCGGCGCACCAGCUGCAGGCCAUGCACGCGCAGUCGGCCGAGCUGCAGCGCCUGGCUCUGGAGCAGCAGCAGUGGCUCCACGCCCACCACCCCCUGCACGGCGUGCCGCUCCCCACGCAGGAGGACUACUACAGCCACCUGAAGAAGGAAAGUGACAAACCCCUUUAAAUGGACUUCCACUGUCAGUGUGACAUCAUCAUGUCUUUCAAGAGGAGCAAUCAAUCAACCAAAUCCUGGGGGAGGGGAAGCUGCAAAGUGACACAUCCUGAUCCCACCAUGUAGUAGAGUACAAGAGAAGAUGACAAAAAGUAUGGGAUGGCAUCCUGGGAAAAGUGGAGGAGAGCAAAUGGGGAGGGACUGACAUGCCACUAAUGGACCUGAAGCGAUUGGUACGUGAUUUCAGCUGAGCUCUGAAGAGAAGAGAAUCAGCACUGCACAGAGCUCAAAAAGACAAAGACUGAUGUGAAUUCAGGGUGGCAGGAGCUCCAUCCUUUGUUUUGGGGGAACAGUUGCAUUAAAUAAAAAGCGCAGAGCAUUGCAGGACUUCAUGUACAGGGUACUCCUGCCUUUUCUGCUUCUGCAGGAGGAGAUGCAGCCAAGAAAUAACUGCAAACACAAAAGAGCCUUUUUUCAAGAUGCCUCCUCAACACCCCAACCCCCCUUUUAAGUGUAAGAUACUGCUUAGCGAUACAGAAAAGCAACGUGGAACUUUUUCAGAUUAGCCAGAGCAGCUUCCCAUUCUCCCAACAUUCCUUCAGAUGCAAACAAAGUGUUCCAGGUCCCUUGCUGAGCGGCCUCUCCUGUCUUCGGAGGCUCUGGUCCCAGCCAUCAGGGUGCAAAGCACCGCAGGACUGUUUGCAGGACGGGGCUGUGCUGUCCCCAGCUGAUGGGAAGGGGCACGGCCAUGAGGUGCUAAGCACCAGCAUAUUGUUUUGGAGACUGCCAUCAGCACCGUGACCCCUCUGAGCCCCGUGGGGAAAGCAGGCGUGGCCGAGUGGUGACACUGCGUCCUGGGACUGUCUGUAAGAUGGUGGCUGCCCCUUUCCCCUCACCCCUCCUAAUUGAUGUACUUUAACUCAUGCACAUCCUAUUAGACGUGGCAGUUUUAUGUAGCAACUUGUGACUCCCUUGCCCCCGCGUGCGUGUUCUGAUUUCACAGUUGUAUCUCUCGAUUGGUCCCCCAUAUAUAUAUAUAUAUUUACUUAACCAUUAAAGGAAAAAACAACCAACAACCCAGCUAUGGAAAAGAAAAAAAACAACCACCCAAACGAUGUUCCCCACGCACUCCCGAGCCCUGACACACAUUCUAAUAAUUUAUAUAUAUAAAUAUAUAUAUGAAGCUCUUAAAAAAGGAAAAAAAAAAGACAAAAAAACCCUUUCAG